AUGGAGGCCCUGGUGUCUCACGGCAAGGUGGACGUGCUGAUUCACAGCCUGCUGGUCGCGGAGGCGUGGCGGGAGCGCGUGUUUCCUCUGCUGCGUGAGCACCUGGCGCGGCGCGUGGACAGUGCUAUAAGCUGGAGCCUGCUGUUCCAUGAGACGGCCCUGGCGAACCUGCUGGAGGUUGCGCUGUUCCACCGCUGCGCAUGCGAGGCCGCCAGCGAAGACAUGCUGCUGGAGCUGGCAGAUUGGGCCUACCGCAAGCUGACAUACCUCAACACAGACGCGCACAAGCACUCAGCAGACACCGCCAAGGAUCGCAGCGCCCGGCAGCUGCUGGACCUGGGCCCUGAGGAGCACCUGGAUGAGCAGCUUGGCGAGGUGACCUGGGGCGCUGGUAUGUGCGGCCUGACUAUAAUGCGCUACCUGGCAGAGCAUCUUGGCUCUCUGCCGCUGGGCGUGAUGGCGCGGCUGGUGUCGGCCAACGACACGAUCAUGGCACUGAUGCCGCUGGUGGCACAACCGCCAUGGGCGCGGACGCACAAAGGGAAGAUGGAGCGGUACAUUCAGGGGUACUGGCAGGUGGUGGAGCCAGCAGAUCGGCUGCAGCUGGCGCUGCCGGACGCGCAGGUGUGGCUGGCGCUGCACAAUCUGCUGCUGGAGCCGGCCUGCAGGGCCAAGUAUGAUCCCGACGAGUACCGGCGCGAGGCGCUGCAAAAGCUGCGGCGCCACAUGCACGAGCCGCUGCUCGACCAGCUGCCUGUUCUCAAGGACCUGCAGCGCCUCCUGGACGAGAUGGCGGUGGGCGCUGAUUCUGGGGCGCACGAUACUCGCUUGGGCAGCAGCGGCGAUGGCGCGGACCAGGGCAUCUCCUACCGAGCUGGCGGCGGUGGGGCUCGCAAUGGGCGGCAGGCCGCGCACCUGAUUUUGGAGCAGGUUCCGACCGCCCGCGAGGCCAUCACACGCGGGCGAGAUUGGCCGGCGCUGGCCGCGCACAUCCGGGAGCGCUGGCUAGGCGACGAGGCGCGGCGGCUGGCGCGCAAGCGGGCUGAGCACAUGCUCAAGUCGUUUGAAUUCAUGUGCAGCCUGGAGCCAGAGGGCAAGCAGCGGGGCAGCAGGAGCUGCAGCCAGGACGGGCUGGCUUUGCAGCUGCGGCUCAAGCGGGCGGCAAAGCCUGUGGAGCGGGACCCUGUGGCCGGUGUGUGGUACGUGUACCACCCAGUGGGCGGUGCCAUCACGAUGCGUGUGAAGCAGGCGGACAGAGUAGGUGGCGGUGGCGUGUGA